GUGUCCGUGCUAAAUGAAAUCAAGCAGGUAGCUAUGAGCUGCGCACUGACUAUCUGUGGUUGAACUGCGGAGGUGUGUUGAUGACAGAUCUGCCAAAACCUAAAGUGACUUUCUGAUAAUAGCUCUGCGGCGGACCUGACCUGACGGUCAUUAAACCACACCUAGGAGUUUGGUCAGGCCAAAGCCUAGUGCUUGUUUGGCUGGGUUUGAAUAUGGCUCUGUCAUUCCUUUUGGUCUUGGCUGCAACUGUGAUUCUUAUCAGACCCGAGACACCUGUAACUAAGGCUUUACAUCAGAACUCACUUGAGUGCUGUGGCGAGAAACAGAAAGUGAACAAUUCAUGUUCAAACGACACACACUGUGAACCAGGAUGCUUCUUGCGUGUCCUUGACAACAGCAACACUGUUUGCAUAUUCUGUGACUCCGCGGCUGUGGAUUUGGAGAACAUAACAGUCUGCACUUACAACUAUACAAUGGAGAGGAAAAAUCACACAACCGUAACUACUGUCAUUCCUAAAAUUGGAGGGCCAGGUGUGGCAGCCUCGCUUCUUCUGGGAACACUGUUGAUCAGCCUGUUCCUGAUCCUCUCCGUAGCCUCCUUUUUCUACCUCAAACGCUCCAACCGACUCCCGGGCAUCUUUUACCGCCGCGACAAAGCCUUCAUGUUCCAACCAAGUGAGACAGCUGUCAUGAUCCCCUCCUCGACCGUGAGGAAGCCAAGAUAUGUCCGAAGGGAGCGGCCCUCUGCAACAUCAACACUGAAUAAUGACACGGUACCCACCACAUCCACCACCCAGGUCUACAAUGUGUAGGAGGAGGAAAAGGAGGAGGUGGAGGGGAGGGAGUGCCAGGGCAGGUAGGAGAGAGAACGCUCAGGAACGAUGUUAGAUUUAGUCAGCACAUGAAGCUUCAGCAGCGUGAAGAAAGACCUCGAGUUGACUUGUAGGAAGGUGGCCAUAUUUAACUGUAGCUGCUUCUGCUGCAUUCUUGUCACGAGGGCUCUUACUUCGCUAUCGCUAUUUAACAAUAAUUUUAAGUGUGAAAUUGAGAAAGAAUCCAGUAACUAAACUGUCAAUCGUUUUGACACAGCCUCUUAUAUUACAUAAUUAAUGUUUUUUUCACAGGAUAACUUAAUCAUCCCAGGAAAAAUGUUUUCAGAAUUUCUCUGUAAAUUUGGUCGGAUUGUAUUUUUUUUUUUCUCCCGCCAACAGCACUUCAGGAUCACUCCUUUUUGUUUUUAAGUUAUUAAACCAAUUUGAUCUGCUGUUUGACGGUGCAUGUUCGCUUGACUUGAUGGAUUACAUGAAUACAGGACUGUUAAAUGAAUAGUUUGACAUUGAGAGGGAAAAGCUUGAAAGCUCUAUAUUUAACACGUUGUACCUCUUUUUUUAAUCUUUACAAAAACCAAAGUGGAAAAACCACAAUCCCUAUCGUGCGGGCCAGACUUUUCCGACGAAUUAAGGUUUUUCCACUUUGGUUUUUGUUCGUAUUAAACCAACAACAUAUAACAUUGUGAUUAUUGAGCUUUAAAGGUGCUGGUAGGUGGAUUGUGUUGCCUUUGGACAGAGCCUGGCUAGCUGUUUCCCCCUGUUUCCAGUCUUUAUGCUAAGCUAGGUGGCUGCUGGCUACAGCCAAAUUUUUAAUUGAUCCAGGAGUGGUAUCAAUCUUCUUAUCUACCUCACUGCCAGAAAGCUAAUAAGCGUAUUUCCCAAAAUGUCAAACUAUUCUAUUAAAGCAAAGAUUGAUCGAGCCAGUGACCAAGUUCAGCGACGGUGAUUUUUUUUUUAAAAUUUGGGACAAAGUCAUAGCCCAGUGACGUUUGAUAGAGGCCUGUGUUUGUUAAUUAGGCUGUUGUUUACAUGUGUGUAUUUAUUUACAUUUUCUUGCUGUGCACUGAAUUUUCCUGAUUUAGAAUCAGACCAACAGAAUAAAUAAUGCGUCUAGCAGUAGAGUUCUUCUGGUGGACCAGGACAUUUUAGGGAGAGUUACUGUAGGCGCUGACUGGAUGAUUGUUUGAUUGGUUGUGGUUUUUAUUAUUGCAUUUGUAUUUAUUAUUUUUUGUGAGCUUAACCAAGAGGAAUGUAUUACACAUGUACAACAAAUUACGCAUCAUGAAUUGCAUACCACAACAGACCCAGUCGAACAUGAGAGAUGUGAACUCAUUUUCAACAGAAUCAUAUUUUUUCACAUGAAGGUCUGUGAUCCUACAAAACAUUUUAAAAUGCCAGUUUUGUUCCAUGAAGUAGAUUCAAAUUCCAAUAGAUUUCUCUCUCAAAACAUAAAAUGAAUCCUAGUGCACUUUAUAUGUCUGAAGUCAUCUGCUAAUGUUGGACAAGUAUGAAUGAGAUGUUUUUUGUAUAGAUGGCAACAAUAUUGUUGCAUUGUCGAAUUUACGUGACUACUAUAAACUUUUGCCAAAUGUUGUCUGAAGAAAAUUGACAAAACUGUGUGCCAUUUCUGUGAUUACUGUGCCAUCAUGAGCUUUAAAUGCAUCCAGGAAACAUAUAGUCAUGACGUGAUGAAUAAUUGGAAUUCUAUCCAGUGGCCUUUACUGUACACAAUUCACAAGGCUAGAUAUCCAAGUUUUAUUUGCUAUUUAAUUACAUAAAGUUUGAUUAUAUUGACAACAAUAAGGUUGUGAAAAUUAUUUCUGUCAUCAGUAUAUGUGAAGCAACAUGAAGUGAACCAUGAUAAAAAGGCAGACACCAUUCCAUGAAUAUUCCCUGUUUUGCCAUUGAACAGACAACCAUAAGCUGACAUGUACAUAUUGUUUUAUACAAAAUGAUGUAUUGUUUUUGUAAUGAUGUAUAGUACAUAUUUUAGUUUCAAUGCCAUAAAGAAUGUUCUAAAGAUGUAUGUAAAGUUUGGAGAAAUAAAGCACCUUUCCAUAACUUUCCUCCGUGCAGUUAUAUGAACUCUCACUAUGCUAUUUUUUUUGUGUGACACUAGUUAGCUGUUAUUGUUCAAAGACAAAUUUGAAUAAUGUUAAUGUUUCUUUUGUGGUUCCUGCUGCUAAUAAUAAACAAUGCCUCACUGUG